GAUCUCUAGGAUGGCCAAUUGAGGACUUUAAAUCAAAAAUUUCCUUUUGCUUUUUCCCAGCCGUGUUUCUGUGCUUGCCUCGUGGGGCUGAAGGCUAAGAUUCGGAUGGCCCCGAAGCGUGGGAGGUCGUAUUGACAAGCGUCACUGCGUCAGCCAUGAACGGCAUUCCUGCACGUGAGCUGUAAUAUGCAGUACACUUUCCGUUUGAGUAUUCCAGUCGCCACAUGGCAAUCCCAAUCACAUCAACUGCUCCUGCAGGGAUGUAUUUUAUCACUGACGUUGAUGCAUGUGUCAUGUCAACCCUGGCGAGAGAGGAUGGGGAAGGGACAGGGCCAGUGCCAGCAAGGGGAGGGAAAGCUCCAAGGUAAAAUUUCGCCCUGCUCCCCCUCAUACUGUGUCAGUAUCAGCAUGGACAGGGCGACGGCGCGGCGGGCAUUCUGCACAACAUCUGCGAUCUCGGAGCGCCUGUGACAGGUUGAUUUUGACAAUUGGACUUGGCCUCCGACUCCGACUCCGACUCCAACUCCAACUCCAACUUCAACUCCAAGCGAGACGGUGCUCCCAGAAAGUCAGCCUGGCCAGCCUGGCCCGCCGCUUGCAGUCCCCCAACGCGGUCCACGCUCUGCGAGCCGGCUCCCGCUCUGCUGCAGCCUGCAGUGCUGCACCCCCAUCCCACGGCACUGUGCCAAGCCCCUGCGCUUUGCCCAAGGCUCCAAGCCCUCCGUCGCUUGCAUGCUCCUCAGCCUGCUCCUCAGAGGACCUUAAGCUUCCGCUCGCCCAGUCCCCUUAUCGCAGCUUCGGUGCUGGCCAGGGGCGCUCGUUAUCAAAACGGAUCUGACCAAUGGAAUUGCGUGGAGGUGGCCGCCAUGCAGAUCAUGUCUCUCUCGCUUGGCAAAUGGCGUUGGCACUAUGCCGCCACGGUCAUAGCUCCCCGCCUUGGAAGUGCCCGAUAGCAGGGAUGCCGCCAUAUAUUCAUUACGAGAAACAGCUCCAACAACGUCCUUAUCUUUGCAGAUGGACAGCAUCGCAGAGCUCAGAGGCCCAGAGCAGCGCUGACUUGCUGCUGUGACUGCGGCCCUGCAUGAGAUCCAUCUCUCC